UUUUUUUGUUUACAUUUGUAUGAGCUAUAAUUUUCUUUAAUAUUUUUUCAAAUAAUUAUUUAUUUUAUAUUAACAGUCAUGGUGUGUCGUGCAAAUCACUUAUAAUAUUAUAUUAUAUUAAUAACGGUUAUUUUAUUAGGUUGGUUUUGUUUUUCAACGAAAUAUGGGAAAUUGUUGUGAAAGAUGUCUUGGCAGGUUUGAUAAGAGACGAUAUUUAAGAACCAGAUACAAUGUUGAAAGAGACAUAUCCAUUGAAUUUGAAAAUCUCAUGGAUGAAGAAAGCCAGGAAAAUGAACAAUCAAACGGUAGAACGUUAGUGACAGAAAAAGAGAAAUCCUUGUUAAGUAAUCAUCAGUAUGAUGAGUUACUGAAGGAACAGCAGUUGGUUGACCAACAGCUCAAUGAACAGUUAGUGCAACAGGAAGAGGAACUGCGGAGGGAGGAGGAGGCGUACUACAAGGCUCGCAAGCAGGCGGCCAGAAAUUCCAAGAAGUUAUUGAGGAGAGAUAUGAGCAGCAGGAGCAGCAGCAACAUCGCCGCGACUCACUCGGCCGCAACCAGCAGUCGAAACCACCUUCCUGGCUCCUUACAUCCGUCGUCCAUCUCUUACCAAAGAAUCAAAAACGCAUCUUGGGACAAAAGUAGGACUGACAGGCUUCCUACCGCCAAUAUAAACAGCAACCACAACUUAAACGAAGGAAAUUAUGACGACGAUGAUGACGACGAUGAUGACGAUGAGGAUAAUGAUUACGAUCUACGGAUACAUGGUGGUAACGUUUUAAAUAAAACUGAUGGCGAUGAUGACGACGACGAUGACAACUUUGAAACCUUCUUGGACUGUGUUAAGAGCAGGUCCAUGAAUGCUAGAAACCAGCUGAAUGUGACAGAUGACGCCAGUGAAGAUGACCGUUCGAAGACUGAAGCCUCCUCCAUUGAUCUCGAGUGGGAGCAUGAAGCUGGCAUGCAGCCAGUGCAGCGCACUCACAAACACACGCACAAGUACUCGGCAUCGAACGACGACGAAACGACGACGACGGCCACCAAACCGUCGCUGCAGACGCUCGGUGAGAAAAUGUCCAGCGACUUCGAGUGGGACAACGAUUUCGUCAGCGGAACUUCCGGUGGCAUGCUGCUAGGUGAUGACGUCAUCAACAACAACCACAACUUUGUCAUCAAUGCUUGCGAUAGUGCGGCAAAUUUUAACAACAACAACAACAAUAAUAAUAAUAAUAACAACAACAUCAAUAAUAAUAAUAACAGUAGCGCUGAUAUGAAUAUAAUGGAUGCCAACUAUGGCAAUGUUGGUCAGCAACAUCAAAAAUAUGCAUGA